ACACGAAGCUGACGCACUGACAAAAGCCUUCAGAUCCGUCUUGUUUGUUCAUUCAGGAUGACCCCUCACUUCAGUUUGUGCUGCCAGGCUCUUAUCUUGUUUCUUUGUUACGCAGAUUGUGGCGCUGAGAUUUCCUGUAGAAAUGAAGCUGGGCAGCCUGUUGAUUGGUUUAUCAUCUACAAGCUGCCCAGGUAUAAGAUCGGUGAGGUGGGCAGUGGCGUGGACUACAUGUACCUGGACUCUUCACUCAAGAGCUGGCAGAUGAGUAAAUUCAUGAUUAACGUCAGUCAAGGAGCCGUCGCGAACACACUCAACCAGCUUUACAUGGGUGAGGCCUACAAGUCUAACAACUCAGCCUACGCACUCUACAAUGAUGCUCCACCAUUGAUGGAUUACAUCCAAGACUAUGGACACACUAAAGGGGGCCUGCUCUUUGACCGCUCUCAAGGUUUCUGGCUGUCGCACACCGUUCCCCAUUUCCCCUCGUUCCCGGAGAGAGGCUACCUUUACCCCUCCUCCGGCAAAGUCAACGGCCAGACUGCUCUGUGCGUGACCUACCGCUAUGAACAGUUUCUCCAUGUAGCAAAGCAGCUGGUCUACCUUUACCCACGUUUCUAUAACUGCUCUGCGGCUGCGUUCUCGGCCGACCUGCCUCAGUUGGCCCAGUUAUGUGAUGGCUCCAAACCACCGCUGACCUCCGAUAAGAGAGUGCAGCAGCUCGUCUCAGUACAGGGGGAAAGGUUUUUCAGUUUUGUCAAAUCCGAACGCUUCAUAGAUGAUAUCUACACAGGCUGGGUGGCGCAGGUCCUGGAUGCCGACCUGCUGGUGGAGUCGUGGCAGAGACAAGGUCACGAUCUGCCCUCCAACUGCUCCCUGCCCAAACACGUCAUGAACAUCAAGAGGGUUCAUCUCCCGGACGCUCCGUUCAAGUCCUACCACGACCACUCCAAGUGGUGUGUGUCGCAGGGUUACGACAGCGUGACCUGCCUGGGGACAUGAACGGGAGAUGACCCAGCUGAAGCGCGGCGGGGGCUGAUCUGCUCCCUCAACCUGAUUUACAGGGCUUUCAGACAGGCGGUGGACUGGUACAUUGGCUGUUGA